CGACAUUAUUAAAAUAAUAAAAUGUCUCAACAGCAAUCUAUCCAAAAAUCAACCACUUAAUCAUCUCUUAGAACAUUAACAGAUUACGGAGGAUAGUAAAGAUUAGUAAAUUACGCAGAUUUAUAGAGAAAUCUUUCUCCUUAAGCUGAAUUAUGUCUUGCAAAGGAUUAUAAUUCAAAAAUCAAUAAAUAUGUGUAUAUAUAAUGAAUAAUUGUAGAAAAUAAGAAAAGGCUACUUGUACAUUACCAUCUGAGUGUGAUAGUAAAACAAUUGAAAUGUGUAAAGAAAAUUUAAAUAAGAUUGCAACUCUUUAAAAAAACAAUCCUACACUUAAACCAAGUGAUCCUAUAACAUAAGAGAGCAGACCUAUAAAUGAAAAUAAGAGUCAUAUAAUAAAAACUCCUUUGAGUGAUGUUGAUAAUUUAAGGAAUUUUCAUAAUAAUCCAACAUCUCCAAAAAUAAACCCAAAUUCUAAAGUGAAUUAUUAAACAUCAUAACCUGAUUGGAAACCUAGUUAAAAAUCUAUUUAACCAGCUCCUGCUAAAACAAAGGAUCUUUUUGAAAAAAGAGAACUUAAAGUGGCUGAAUUAAAACCGGUGGAUAGAAAUCCAAUUUUAGAAGAUAAUAAAGGAAAGUAAUAUGGUAAACAUGAAUCAUAUGGAAAAGCUGACCAUUUAGAAUGUAAGAAAUUACUUUCAAAUGGUUAUGGUUAAGAAUUAAAAUAUAAAGAAGAUGUAAAUUAUUAUAAUUUAUUUAAUAAUAGAAACAUCUAGCUUAGAAACCAAAUUCAUUUUAAUAAUCUGAAAGAACAUUUAACUAUUCAACAGUUAAUUAGGGUGAUUAUAGAAAAAAACCAUCAGAAUUUGAAAAUAGAAAUACAUUUUUUACUAGAAAAUGA